AUGGUCUCAUGGCUUCUUCUUGCCAUAUCCACGAUCUCGAUCUUCUCCGACGUUACUACGGCUUCAGCAUCAGACCAGUGUCUUGGCACUGACCAAAGAUCACUGUUGCUCGGGCUGAGAAACAGCCUCGUCUUCGACGCCUCUGAGUCUUCGAAGCUAUUACAAUGGGACCAAAGCGCAGAUUCAUGGAGCGGCGUGACAUGCAAGGAUGGCCUCGUGGUCGGUCUUGAUUUGAGCGAAGAGUCGAUCUCUGGUGGAAUCGACUAUUCGUCAAACCUCUUUAGGCUCGAGUUCCUUCGGAGCCUGAACUUGGCAUUCAACAACUUCAAUUCCUUGGCGAUUCCGUCAGGCCUCGCGAAUCUCAGCCGCUUGGCACAUCUCAACUUGUCCAAUGCCGGAUUCACCGGGCAUAUUCCUGUAGAGUUAUCGCGCCUGACAAAGUUACGUACCCUUGAUCUCAGUUGGACUUGGCUAAAACUUGAGAAGCCCAAUUUGAGGUCGCUGAUUAGGGAUUUAGGGGAGUUAAGGGAGCUGUACCUUGAUGGGGUCAAUGUCUUUGCUGAGGGAAGUGACUGGUGCGACACGUUGUCUUCUUCAGUGCCGAAACUUGAGGUGUUGAGCAUGUCUUACUGUUCUCUAUCCGGUCCUAUCAACACUUCCCUUAUGAGUCUUGCUAAUCUAUCGGUCAUUCAACUUGAUGGCAACGACUUGUCCACCACAGUUCCUAGUUUCUUAUCGAAUUUCUCUAGCUUGAAAACUUUGAGCCUAUGGGGAGCUGGCCUAUAUGGAGAAUUUCCUCAUGAAAUCUUCAGUACAAACACUUCAAACCCUUGA